AUGUCGGCAAAGAGCGGCUGGACCGAGUCGACGGAUGAUCUUGCCGUGCGCAGGAUCGAGUCCCCUGAUGCCCAGGUGGUAGGAACAUCGCAGUUGUUCGCCGAGGGAGGACAAAUUCGAUAUGUUCCGAUGCCCACACCGGAUCCCAAGGAUCCUCUGAACCUACCGAACUGGAGAAAGUGGACUUCCAUCGGAGCGCUUUGCUUCUUUGGUUCUCUUGCACUCGCCGCCGAGUUCAUCGUCGGUGCCCUCGUGCCAGUCUUCGUGUUGGAAUACUCGGGCAUCGACCCCCAUAUUCUCAGCAAGAUCGAUAUCUCGGCCCUCAGCAAGCCUGGUGAGGUCACUCUGGACCCCGUCAAGAUUCUCGCCGGUCUCGGCGGCCCUCCGCUGUGGCAGGUCUCCCUGCUGGCCUCCGUUCCGCUGCUCGUCAACGGUCUCAGCUCCUACCUACUUGUGCCCCUUUCGAUUGCCAUCGGCCGCCGCCCAGUGCUGCUGCUGUCUGGUUUACUCGCAUGGACUGGCGGUCUCUGGGCUGGCUUCUCUCAGGGCCUUCCUAGCCAUCUUGCUGCGCGUUGCUUUCAGGGUUUCGGAGCCGGUGCUGUUGAAGCUUUGAUUCCUCUGAUCAUCCAGGAUAUGAUGUUCAUUCAUCAGCGCAACAAGGCCAUUGCCUCUGUUGGUGCUUCCCAGGGUCUCCUUAUUGUGAGCUUAGGUAUCAUGAGCCCCAUCAUUGUCUCCCGCCUUACCUGGCGCUUCAUCUACUGGAUCACAUCCGGGGUUGGUGUUCUCGCUUGGAUCGGCCUCAUUCUCCUUGUCCCCGAGACCCGCUGGAUGCGCAGCAAUGACGAAUUGGCCGGAAAGGAGGUCUAUCCUCUCCGUCCCGGUGAGACCCGUCCUCGCAUCGACGAGUCCGCAUUCCGCCCGCGCUCCAACUGGGAUGAAUUCGGUCUCUUCAACUACGGCUACGAGUGGAAGGCUGCCAAGCAGUCCGUCUUCGACAUGCUUAAGACCACCAUCUUCCCCAACAUCAUCUGGGUUAUCCUCAUCAACUCCAUCCUUGUGUCAAUGCAGGGCGCAGCUGGUCAGGUUGGCUCUUCCAUUCUUAUUGCAGCCGGCUGGAAGUUCGAGACGCUCGGCUUCGCCGUCAUCCCCAUUGUUAUCGCCAGUCCGUUCGUGUGGUUCUUUGGCGGUUACGUGGCUGAUUGGAUCUCCAACUUCCUCGCCAAGCGCAACGGCGGUCGUCGUGAGCCCGAAGGCCAUCUCGUCAGUUUGGUCUUCCCCCUCCUGGCCUCCAUCGUCGGUCCAAUCCUGUUCGGUUACGCGGCCGACAACAUUCGGACGCUUCCCUCGAUUGUCGUGCUGGUUUCUAUCUUCUUGAUUGGUUUCGGUCUUCUGACUGCUAAUACUAUUUUUGCUGUGUACUUGGUUGAGAGUUAUCCUCAGUUUGCUGGUCCCGUUUUGGUCAACGUCUCUUCCGCCCGUCUCAUUAUCGGCUUCGCCAUGUCAUUCAAUAUUACGACCUGGAUUGAGCAGCUUGGCUUCUCCAAGAACUUUGGCAUUUACAGUGCCGCUCUUGCUGGCGUCUCUAUGCUGCUACCCGUCAUGUACAAGUACGGCAAGCAGAUUCGUGCCUGGACUGCUGGCCGCCUCGAGCCGUCGAUGCCGGCCAAGACCCUCGAAGACGACGACGAGCAGUACUGGAACCAGGACAAGCCUCAGUGGCAGGACGAGAAGUUGGGUAGGGCAAUCUAA